GCCCGCAGAAAAACCCAAGAAACGCCAUAUCCAACCACACCCUUCCGUCGGAGACAGGGAGGCAGCAUUGGAUAUGUCGCAGAGCGGGAGUGGGAGUGUGGACCUCAACCUGCCGGAGGAGGUCCUGGCGGUGAUUCCGACGGACCCUUAUGAGCAGCUGGAUCUGGCGCGUAAGAUCACCUCCAUGGCAAUCGCCUCCAGGGUGUCGAAUCUUGAGGCGGAAAUGGGGAAGAUGCGGCAAAAGGUUUACGAGAAAGAUCGUAUUAUUUACGAUUUGGAGGAGAAGGUCUCUCGCUUGCAGCAGGCGUACCAUGAGUCCGAGUCUAGAUACAAGAUUACUCUCGACGAGAAUAUGAAGCUUUCAAAGGAGCGAGAUUCAUUAGCAUUGACAGCCAAGAAGCUCAACCGUGAUUUGUCUAAGUUGGAGACUUUUAAGAGACAACUCAUGCAGUCAUUAAGUGAUGAAAAUGCAUCUCCUGCUGAAACUGUUGAUAUUGGCACCUGUGACCAGGCAGUCCCUAAAGCCUAUCCUGAUAAGGAUGAAGGAAUAAAUGGCUACACUUUACAUUCUUCCAAUGGCUCCACAGACAUGGCAAGGACAACUGAUGAAGUGUCAACACAUGCUGUGCAAAGAUUUUCUUUGACUCCAUACAUCACCCCACGGCAUACUCCUACUGGAACUCCAAAAAUUAUUUCAACAACUGGGUCCCCUGGAGGUUAUUCUGCUGCUGGCUCUCCACAGAGAACCUCCGGUUCAACAUCUCCCUUAAAGCCCCAUUAUGAUGGGCGGGCUUCACUCUCUUCAUGGUACCCAUCAAGCCAGCAGUCAUCAGCAGCAAACUCUCCUCCUCGUGGACGUUCUCUGCCAGGGCGGACUCCUCGGAUUGAUGGGAAAGAAUUUUUUCGUCAGGCCAGGAGUCGCCUAUCAUAUGAACAGUUCAGUGCUUUUCUGGCUAAUAUCAAGGAACUAAAUGCACAAAAGCAAACCCGAGAGGAAACUUUGAGGAAGGCAGAAGAGAUAUUUGGGACAGACAACAAAGAUUUAUUCCUAUCAUUUCAAGGACUGCUGAAUCGCAACAUUCACUGAUUGUUCUCUUCUUGAGAUGAUAUACAGUUUUGGGUUGUUGCUCAAACGAGUCCCUGGUUGCUCUCAGCUGAUGAUGAGUUUCCCCUUAUCAGAUGAUUUGCGGAAGAGUAACCAACAUAAACUUUUGGUCUAUCUUUCAGCAAAUUAGACUAGGGAGAUAUAGGUUUUGUUGUCUUGGAUUCAUGGAGCUAAGCUGUGUAAAUAAAUUUCCCUGAUUUUCCCAUCAACUUUUAAAAGAGUACUACUUAACAUUAUCCUCCCAAGAUUUUGACAUCUUCAAUUUCCGUGUAAAGAUUGAAUUUUCUUGAAUGCAACACAUUGCUUUCUUGCUCCUUGGAUGUGAUGGUCUGCUUAUAUACAGUGUUAGCUUCAUUUGAUUUUACAUUCUCUUUUUUUAUGGUAGGCAUAUUUUAAUGUUAA